UUUAACUUUGUCGCGUAAUAUUAUUAGCUUACUAUUUUAGUCGACAGCCAAAGACUGUUUAAAGGGCUAGCUCAGCGUCAGCUGCGAAUAUCAAGGGUUUUUCGAGAUUUUCAGGCUCGGUGGAAAUGCGUUUGUUUUCCACCCUGUUUAUUUUGUGCGUCGUCCCUGGAUGUCACAUGACCACAUCCACCUGUGAUGAGCUCCUGUCUUCAGAAGAUGCUCAGUUCUGCAAGGGACAAUUAAAGGUGAUUUACCCUCACCUGGUUGUUGACAAAUGCAUGAUCGUCCCUCAGAUGUUCAGAGAGAAGAUCAGUAAGGACUGGGGACCACCUCAGAUACAGCUGCCAGGUGCCGAUGAGGAGAAGAAAUACACUCUAUUAAUGGUGGAUCCAGAUGCUCCUAGUCGGCAGAAACCCUCUCGAGCUUACUGGAGACACUGGUUACUGGUCGACGCUAAGGGGGAAGCGCUGCAGAGAGGAGACGCCGGCGCUGUUGAACUAUCCGCGUACGCCCGCCCCACUCCACCCCGAGGCACUGGACUCCACCGCUACCAGUUCCUUGUAUUUGAGCAGCCUGAAGGCCAGAGCCUGUCCCUCAGCCCACAGGAGAACAGCUCACGGGUAUUUUUCAUCGGCUCCGAUCAGGCCAAAAUGAUGUCAUCAGCGGACCCCCUCCAGCCAUUUCCUGUAACUGGGAUCCGCAGGCAUUUGUUGAGACGUUUGGUCUGACUGGACCAGUGGCUUCUCUUCAGUUCCUCACCCAAAACUACAAGGACUAGGACACGUCCGGCCCGCUGCUGACCUCUGACCUCUGACCGUCACACACCGCACGAAUGCAUCUAGGCACACUCGUAUUUAGGACAAUAUUAAACGAAUAAAAAAACGGA